CUCAUGUAUCAUCAUCAGCCCAUGGACUGACUUGUUUGUUGUCGAGCAAAGAUGGAGUUCCUUUUGGGAAAUCCUUACAGUACGCCAGUGGGGCAUUGCAUUGAGAGAGCCACUGAUGGCUCCCUGCAAAGUGAAGACUGGACCCUCAACAUGGAAAUAUGUGACAUCAUCAAUGAAACAGAGGAUGGGCCAAAGGAUGCUAUUAGAGCAGUGAAGAAGAGGCUGAAUGGGAACAGGAACUAUAGGGAAGUGAUGCUGGCUUUAACGGUCCUGGAGACGUGUGUGAAGAACUGCGGCCAUCGUUUUCAUGCUUUGGUCACUAGCAGGGACUUUGUUGAUGGCGUGCUCGUUAAAAUCAUCUCCCCUAAAAACAACCCGCCUACAAUCGUUCAAGAUAAAGUUCUAGCCCUGAUUCAGGCGUGGGCUGAUGCAUUCAGGAGCAGUCCAGACCUCACAGGCGUGGUCCAAAUCUAUGAGGAGCUAAAGAGGAAAGGCAUCGAGUUCCCCAUGUCAGACCUGGAAACCUUGUCCCCUAUACACACACCUCAGCGGUUGGCAUCUGCUCCAGAGGGCGACUCCACCCUACAUAAGUUCAGCACCACUACUCAGCCCACACCACAGGCUGUCCCACCAGCCUACACCAGCCCUCAGGUCCCCAACAUUCAUGCCUCUGGAUCCAUCAAUCCUACACCUGAACAGAUUUGCCGGCUGCGCAGUGAGUUGGACAUUGUUCGUGGAAACACUAAAGUGAUGUCAGAGAUGUUGACUGAGAUGGUCCCGGGACAGGAGGACACCUCAGACUAUGAGUUACUACAGGAGCUGAACAGGACUUGUAGAGCCAUGCAGCAGAGGAUAGUAGAGCUCAUCUCCUGUGUUUCCAAUGAGUCAGUGACCGAGGAGCUGCUGCAUGUCAACGAUGACCUCAAUAACAUUUUCUUACGCUAUGAAAGGUAUGAGAGGUUUAGGUCCGGGAGGUCCUCAGCUCAGAGUGUCAACAAUGGGGUCCUGAGUGAGGCCACAGAGGACAACCUCAUAGACCUCGGCCCAGGCUCCCCAGCAGUGGUCAGCAACAUGCCGAACGCAGCCCCAACCAGCUUGCCUCCCACCAUCACAGCCCCAGCAGGAAGGCCCUCCUCCCCGGCCACCUUGGCAUCCCGCUUGGCUGGCCUUGACAUGGGCGCUGACAGUGUGAGCAGCACCUUGAGCUCUCUGCCUACCUGUAAACCUGCUCCUGGCCAGGACGACUUUGAUGUGUUUGCUCAGACCAGGACUGGAGCUCUGCCUGAACCACGCAAGACCACUACAGCAGAAGGCAGCAAUGCCUCCGAUGGCCAUCCUCCCACUCUGGAUGUCCAACAGCCGACUGCAGGAGCGGGUGUCGGAGGCCAGUCCUCUGUUAUGGAUGACAUAGAGGAGUGGCUGUGUACCGAUGUGAAAGGAGAUGAAGGUGAAGAAGGCGUGACAAGUGAGGAGUUUGACAAGUUCCUCGAGGAGAGAGCCAAAGCUGCAGAGAUGGUCCCCAGCCUACCGUCGCCCCCGAGCGGUGAGCCGGGAGCAGCGCCGGGAACCCCCAGCCGCAAGAAGCCAGACAGGCCGGAGGACGCUUUGUUCGCUGUGUAGACCUUCCACCUUUUUCCUCUGACCCCCAGCUCAAGACCCCGACCAGCCGAGCAGCAUCACCUGAGAACAGACUGACCCGACACUAAAACACGCCCACCUCCACUCUGAUUCAACACUAUUCAGUCACACUACAGAGAUUUGCACAUGCUCUCCUUAUAAAAAAGGGAAUUAUUCAUGUUCUCCGUUAAUUUCUCACAAGAAAGGGAAAACCAAACGAACGGCCUAUUUUUGAUAUGCCACCAGACGAUGGAUCUCACCCACAUCAUGCCUGGUGUCAGAGACUAUGAGGCAGCCUGCUUUUUCCUUCCUCUUAAUGUGUGAAGAAUCUCCCUCCGCCUGUUAUGGACUGCAGAGCUUCAUGUUGCAGCUAAUCCUAAAAUAGAGUUUUAUAAAAGAGAGUCCUGCUGUGCUUGUCAUUAGUAGGAAAUCAAUUUCUUACCCAAAGCCCUAAAAGCAUGCAUUAACACCAAACAUGAUCAGUUAAGUUUUUAUAAUUAAAGAGCCCCAGCAGAAACACUAUGGUUGUGAUUACAGAAACGCCCGUUGCAGGCAGCACUGAGCAGACCUACGACGAUAUUGUUUUGGUGUUUGUAUCAGUCCCUUUGCAAGUCAGUGCGAGUUGAACUGUAAAUCUGUAAAUGACAAAUGUCGAGUUUAUUAGUCGUGUGUAUAUUUAAGCUACAGAUGUAUGAAAGAGAUGUUGAUUUAAUGUAGAUUUUUUUGAAAAGGGUUUAUCUUCCAGCUGCUCUGACGAAAAGGGAUGUACCUCACUGGGGGUCAGCUUUUUGACAAGAAAAGGGAAUGGUAUACACAGAAUACAUCUGAUAAUCUACAGAAACUAUAAUGUAACAGGAAGAAAGAGAAGAAGAGGGGAAUGUAGUUUUUGUGAUUGGCACAAUUGCGCACCACACCAACAAAUGUGUCCUUUUUAUCGUCCACUUAUGCUGCGUUCACAUGGAAUCAGGCAGACAGUAGACAGCACACCGGAUAUUGUGUUUAGUGGAUGAGAACAGGCAGAGAAUUGUGGGUAACAGUCAAUGGCAGAGUCAAAAUAUUUUAACUGUUUGACAUCCUCCACAACGGAACUUAAAGCUGAAUUUUAUGUAGCUCCUUCACACGAGGAGAAAACACAGGCAAUCUUGACAAUUAGUGGCCAUUACUAGAAUAAUUAUAUAAGAUAAUAAACACUGGGCUCCUAGUCAUAAAAUUCCUGGAAAAGUUAUGAAAUUAAAAAAAUUUUUUGGGCUAUUAUUUAGAAUAUGUUCAUAAAAAUGCCAAAACAUUUCUCACAUUUCACAAAAUAUGUUCCUUUUCUUCCUAAUUUAAAAUCUAGUGUUGAAACGAUUGAAGGGACAUGAUGGCAAUCAACAUUAGUUCAUUGAGUUACCACAUAUGCUGUGCUUCAGGCAAGGUUGCAAAACCAUGCCCAGACAUGCCCGUAAAACAAAUGCCUGGGAAAUGCGUGUUUAAUAAUGUGUUGCUGAACUGCUAUAGAGGCUCACUUAUUUUAAACUACUUAAGUAAAGUUAUGGAAAUGGGUUAAAAUAUUAUGUAAAAGUUAUGGAAAACUUUUGAAAAGUCGUGUAAAAAUGUGAGGGAACCCUGGAAACAUGAAACAAUUUUAUAUUUUCUUCCAUUCACAGUUGGAAUAUGUUUUACAGACUGUUUUGUUUGUUGUCCCUGUGCCGUCCAGAAGGUGUUGUCCGUCUGCCUGAUUGCGUGUGAACGCAGCAUUAGUCACACGUACACUUCUCUUUGACAAAUGUAACCGCAGUUGUUGGUAUUGAGAUUAUAUUGCUGAGAUUUUAUUUGCCUAAAGCUGCUGUCAGAAUUUUCGCAGGUCGUUAAAUCCCAUCUGCUGAAGAGCUAAUUAUUCUCAUUCAUGUAAACAUCUUUGUACUCACUGGGAGUGGUUAAUGUUACUUUGAGCAGAGUCCCAGUCACAGUUGGUCUUACUGGUAGCUGAUAUGAGACACAUGCUGGUGAGGUUUUACUCAUUGACUGUUGGUUUUAACUUUUUUUUUUUUUUUUUUUGAGUAGAUUGUGCUGUAUGAUUUCUGUUUUUAAAAAGCUGAGUUUAGAGGACCAAACUUGCGCUCUCUUCUGGCUGUAGUAUUUGAGUUGUCCUCACAUAAUCCGGUCCUUUAGUCGUCUCAGAAUCCACAGCUUAAUAUCCAGGGAUGUAAUGAGAAUCUAAUAUCACACUACAAAAAGCUGUUUGCACAUUAUUAUUAUUUUGUCGUGUGUUCUCUCCGUUAUUUCCUUACACUGACAUCUUAAAAGGCUCUGACCUUUUCCGACAUGACAUUUGUUUUCAGAAAUGAGCCGGCUGCAGACAGAGUGCUACAAAUGAGACGUUUUGGUUUUUUUUUUCCUCCCUCUUCUGACAAUAAUAAAUGCAACAUGUUACACAAUCACGACAAGCUUAAAACAAGCGUGCACUUUGACAGUCGCGUUACCUUUCGACCUCUUACUGUAAAUUAACACGUAACCAGAUGUAAUUAAUAAGAGUUGUUUGGGGAAUAUUUGAGCAGAGGUGUAGAGAUAAUUUAUUCAGCACUAUUUUUUGUCUUCAGAUCAGUAUUUUAAAUCGUUUUAUUGUACAAAAAAAUGUUAAGGGACAGAAUGAGGGAUUGGUUUGAGUGUUUUUGUUAAUGGAGUUCAGAUUUUCCUUUUUAUACAUUGCUGCUGGCUAAUGUAUCUUGUGUGUCAUUGUUAGUUUAUUGGUUCUGUGGAUAUUCUUGUUGGUUCAAUGUGUCCAUACGGUAACAAAAAAAGAAUAUGGACAUAGUUAAUAAGGGCAGUCCAUAGCUGUAUGAGAAUCACACCAGUUCUAUUUAUCUCAUGAAGGAUACAUAUUUUUACUAGCUUCACUCUGACUGACAAAACAGACAUGAUUAACUUACUUUGGACACUUUCGACAAAGCAUCAACAUUGCACAUUUUUGAAAGGGAAACCUCCUUUCUUUGUUUUAGUGUUCAGCGUGUGUGUGUGUCAUCUGUUCUGUAACGCAGACGUUUUAUCUCAGUUGAAAAAAAAAGAAGCCUCCAAAUGUGUGUUUUAAAAAAUACAUGUUACUAUCCCGUUUGAUACCGCCCAGGAUCAACCUGGUUUAUAUCAGUGUGAGCUCUGUCAGUGAUUUGUAACCGAAUCUCAGCAUACCUACAGUGAGACAUCACCGGAGUCAUCUCAGACCUGUUUUGCAGAGGAACAAUCCGUUUCUUUGUGCGUGUCGCUGGAUAAUAUGAAAAGAGAUGCUGAUAAGGGAGGCUGUGCUGUGUGACUGCUACUUUCCUGAGUUGCCUCAUCUCUCAUUUCUCUUUGUGUUGUUUGACUUAUGCAUGAACUCUAAUAAAACAUUAGCAGUG